AUGGGGCUCCAGGCUGGGACACCCUGGCUGCAGCAGGCCCUGGUCCUGGUGCCCGCCGUGGUGGUGAUGCUCCUCCUCGGCGCCAGCGCGGGCCCGGCCGCGCCCACCGCCAGCUCCAGGAGCGCCUCGGGGUUCCCCCCCGACUGCAGCCGCCUCCGCAAGGGCAGCGCCAGCGGCGUGUACGUCAUCCAGCCGGCGCGGUCGCCGCCGCGCGUGGUCUGGUGCGACAUGGACACCGAGGGCAAGGGCUGGACCGUGGUGCAGAGGAACUCCCACGACACCGAGCUCAACUGGAAGCAGUCCUGGACCACCUACAAGUACGGCUUUGGGAACGUGCACAGCGAUUACUGGAUGGGCACCGAGUACCUGCACCUGCUGACGCAGCAGGGCACCUACAAGGUGCGCUUCGUGGUGAGGGACAAGGGCAACGUCACCCACUUCGCCGAGUACGACAUCUUCAGGGUGGAGGACGAGGCCAGCGGGUACCCGCUGCGCCUGGGCCGGCACUCCGGCGACGGGGAUGACUACCUGACCCUCUACCACCCCAAGAAGGGCGGCAUUCACGACAACAUGAAGUUCAGCACGGUGGACAAGGACCAGGACCAGUACAGCGGGAACUGCGCCAAGAGCUACGGGGGGUGGUGGUACAACAGGUGCCAGAACGUCCUGCUCAACGCCAAAAACUACAUUGUCUGGCCUGGAUUCUGUGAUAGCGGUGACUGCGCAUCCUCCCUCAUCCUGGUCAAGCCCACAGACGUGUGUUGACCGUGCCCAGCCCCCCGGGAGUGGAGGGUGCCACUGUCCCCAGCUCAGUGCCCCGUUCCCAUGCUGGUCCCAGUGCACAUCCUGCUCUGCCCACUGCUCCUGUUCCCUCAC